AUGGUGUGUAAGUCCAUAGCACGCCGUCUAGCGGCGAACUCCAAAACAACGAUAAUGGAGCUGAAAGAAAGACGAGGUAGUACUACCUUUUUCGAGAAUGUCAAAGCGCGGCACAGUAAGCGUCUUGAUGCGCUAGAAAGAAAACUGGAAGGAUCUGACAAGGAAGGAUGUCCUGCCUCGAAUGAACUAAUCCAAAAUAUUCUGAGUUCACUGCGCGAGCGGAUACUUUCCAACGAUUGCCGCUUUGUUCAAGUCGGCUCAUCAGUUAAUGGACUAUGUUCUGGCGACUCCGAUAUUGAUUUGGUCUUCUUCCCCAUGAAUGCAGCUAAAAGGGACAAAUUCUUCAAAGAUUUCCAUGGUAAUGGAGACUUCAAGAUGCAGUUCAUCUACACCAUGUCAAAGUUAAUCACUCGCGAGGUUGAGAAGCUUAAAAUUCAUGUGGAGAGUUGUGUUGUUCUUCAUCAGUUACGGGUUCCUCUUCUUAUUGUACACUUAGAAGAUGGUCAAAGUGUAGACAUCCAGUUUCCAGACGAACAUUUCCAAGCAAUUAGGAACACCAAUCUGAUACGGCACUAUGUGGACUGUGAUCAUCGACUGUCCCUUCUUUUCUUCUACCUUCGAACCCUUUUCGAUGCAUUGGACAUUCGGAAUAGCAAAUAUGGUCUUCUUUCGUCCUAUCACAUUCUAUUAUUAGCAGUUCAUUUUUUACAGAGUGAACAGGCUCUGUCUCCUUGGCCUGUGCUGCCCGUUCUGUGCAAAACACAUAAUAACCUCGUUGGCGCUCAUAUCCCCAUAGAUAACGUGGUAUCAUUACUAGAUUCGCCUCAAGUUCCAGCUGAGUGGAGGUCACAUAAUCAGAUGUCUACUGCUGAACUUGCUGUUAGAUUUGUUGACUACUACUCCAAUUUCGAUAUCUCGCAACGCAUUAUCUAUAUAGAGAAAGGUAUAGCUCCUAGAAGGAGGCAAGUUUCUGGUGAGGUUCACCUGCAGCUGGUGGAUCCAUACUCCAAGGUGACAGUCUGUAGAUCCAGUGCGGCUGCAAGAGCUUUCGCUGAUGCAAUGUCUUUUUUAAGGAGAAAGAUGAUCAACGGACAUUUUUUGAACACUUUUCCUUCGUUCCCCGAAGCGUCAUUAUUCAAGGCACAAACGAGAUGGCAACCAUGGCGGGUUCACGCCCAGGAUAAGAAAGUCGUAGUUGACAGAAGGACUCAGGAACAACCACUUGAUGUAGAGUUACCAGAGACUUGA